GUUACAAUUAACUUGCUGCAGACACGUUUUCAUCCAGAGCCUACCCGAAUAAGAUGUGUGGUAUUUGAACACAUCCGGCAAUAGUCGCCCUCGUGUUCUUCGCAUGUCUCGCAGCUGCGUGGGGGCCACGAAUGGAACGCGCGCAAAGGUUCAGGGUGGCCACUAUUAGUUUGGUCUGCCCUUCUCACUUCCAACCCGUAUUUUGCUAUCUAGAAGCUUUGACUCUCUUUUUUUUUUGACACCGUUGAACGAUGCCUUACAUCAAAGCCCAUUACCACCCUUUCCUUUUCAUCCUCAUCACUAUGUGUGCUAUGGCUGAGCUGGGUCUCACUGCAUACCUUAUCAGCGUUGGAAAUCAGAGUCGUAAUUGGCCUAGCGCUCGUUAUCAUUCACUCUUAAUACUCUUCGAAUUCAACGCCGUGUGGACCACGUUAUUCGGGGCAGCUUAUAUGCUGUGGAUUGUUGAUGGUGCUGUGCACUUUCUUGCCAGCAUAGCAAGUUCCAUCAUCUGGCUUGCUAUCACUUCGGCACUUUGGGGCGCUGCAGCUGGCAUGAUGCAUAACACGCGGACUGGGGGCAACUGUAAUUGGAUACUCAAUAGCUCCCCAUCCGUUAACGGGGUCUUGCCAUGCGAUUCGCCACAGGAGCUGAGUGUAUCCAGCUGUCGAGAAACGCUAACAGUCGAAGCAGUCGGCUGGGUACUAUUUGUACUCUGCGUCCUCACACUCUUUGCGACAUGCAUGUGGGUACGAACGAGCAAGCGAGGAUAUGUGAGUGCAGAGUAUAAGCCGGGGAUGUGACAGGUUGAUGAUCGGUGCCGCCCUUACCAGAACUCGAGCUUUUAUGUCUAGGAGAUUGGUUGUAAAGCAGGAAGUGGGUUUUGGAGGUAGCUCGAAAUAGUGUGCGGUGUGGUGUUAAUCGGGAUUUAUGCCCGGGCUACUAAUACGUCUG